UCACGUGACGUGAGCUUACGAAGAUGGUGGAAGUUUCUUCUUCCUUGAAGUGAAACCCGACUGAAACCCAAACAUCCUCCGGAGCGAGGGGCCGGGUGGACGCUGCAGUGCUACUGCUUCAGUUUUACAGUUUCUCCUCGGAACCGGGCUUUCAUCCCAGCCCUAUGUCAUGGCCAGUGGAGUCACCAAGUCGGGCACUUCGAAUGGUUACCCUAUGAAAGCACAGCUGCAAAUCAUCGUGAUAUCAGCAAAACUGAAAGAAAACAAGAAAAACUGGUUUGGUCCCAGUCCUUAUGUGGAAGUGACAGUCGACGGCCAAUCCAAGAAAACAGAGAAAUGCAACAACACACACAGCCCCAAAUGGAAGCAGCCGCUCACUGUGAUCGUGACUCCAUUCAGCAAACUAACGUUUCGCGUGUGGAGCCACCAGACGCUCAAGUCAGAUGUGUUGCUUGGCAUGGCCGCGCUGGACGUCAGUGACACACUGAAGUCCAACGACAUGAAAAUCUCUGAGGUGGUGCAGACCUUACAACUGUGUGCAGACAGGGAUCAGUCAGAUGUGGUGGGAGACCUGUCUGUCUGUCUAGACGGGAUGACUGUCGACCCCGAGAUGUUCGCCAUGGCCGAGGCUGACCAUCACAGUACAUCAAAUGGGGAGUCACAGCCUAAUGGAGAUCAUCCCAUAAGGCGCAGUCGAGACAGUUCUCCAGCUGUGGACGGUGUAGAGCACAGGUCUUCUCCCAGUGGCCGCAGGGCAAUGAACAGCACAGGGUCUCCCUCCGUGUCAUCAGGGGGGUUGAGGCCUCUCCGACCACCCAGGCCCUCCAGGCCUCCACCUCCAACACCCCACAGACCCACCUCUUCACCAGCAUCUUCCAGCAACGGCUCUGCUGCAGUGGAUGGCAGUGACGGGCAGUCAGGUUCUGAUACACCAGUGCGAACACCAGCUUCAGGAUCCACAUCGGGCCCAGACUCAAGUCCAUCGGCAGGUUCAGACAGGAACUCCACUUUGACUUCUGGUUGUGGAGCUGCAGCAACCAGACAGCCAACCAGCAGCAUCAGUCCCGCUGUCACUCCCAGAGUCCCCGCAGUCACAACUGGACCGUUACCACCUGGAUGGGAGCAGAGGGUGGAUCAGAAUGGCAGAGUGUAUUUCGUUGAUCACGUAGAAAAGAGAACAACGUGGGAGCGCCCUGAACCACUGCCCCCUGGCUGGGAACGUCGUGUUGACCAGAUGGGACGGGUCUACUUUGUUGAUCACAUCACACGAACCACCACAUGGCAGCGCCCGACUAUGGAGACAGUGCGUAACUAUGAACAGUGGCAGCACCAGCGCAGCCAGCUGCAGGGCGCCAUGCAGCAGUUCAACCAGAGGUUCAUAUUUGGGCUUCAAGAUCAGGUCUCAGUCGCUCAGAAUAAGGAGUUUGAUCCUCUCGGGCCUCUGCCACAUGGAUGGGAGAAAAGAACGGACGCAAAUGGCAGAGUUUACUUUGUACAUCAUCCUACACGGGCAACACAGUGGGAGGACCCACGAACACAGGGGUUGUUGAAUGACAAGCCGCUGCCAGAAGGCUGGGAGAUGAGGUUCACAGUAGAUGGUAUUCCUUACUUUGUAGACCACAACAGGAGAACCACCACCUACAUCGACCCCCGCACUGGAAAAUCAUCACUGGAAAAUGGACCACAGAUCACCUAUGUUCGAGACUUCAAAGCCAAAGCACAAUACUUCAGAUUCUGGUGCCAGCAACUGUCGAUGCCUCAGCACAUCAAGAUCACAGUAACCAGAAAAACGCUGUUUGAGGACUCAUUCCAGCAGAUAAUGAGCUUCAACAACGCUCAGGAUCUGCGAAGGAGGCUGUGGAUUAUCUUCCCUGGAGAAGAAGGCCUCGACUAUGGGGGUGUUGCCAGGGAGUGGUUCUUCCUGUUGUCCCACGAGGUUUUGAACCCCAUGUAUUGCCUGUUUGAAUAUGCCGGUAAAGAUAACUACUGUCUUCAGAUCAACCCAGCCUCCUCCAUCAACCCUGACCACCUCAAGUACUUCAAGUUCAUAGGACGCUUCAUUGCCAUGGCUCUUUUCCAUGGCAAGUUCAUCGACACUGGUUUCUCACUGCCAUUUUACAAGCGCAUCCUCAACAAGCCGUUGGGCCUCAAAGACCUGGAGUCCAUCGAUCCUGAGUUCUACAAUUCCCUCAUGUGGAUAAAGGAUAACAACAUCGAGGAGUGUGAGCUGGAGAUGUUCUUCUCUGUUGACAAAGAGAUCUUGGGGGAAAUCACCACCCAUGACCUGAAACCAGGAGGAGGAGAUAUCCAGGUUACAGAGGAGAACAAGGAGGAGUACAUCAGACUGGUAGCAGAGUGGCGUCUGUCCAGAGGAGUGGAAGAGCAGACGCAGGCUUUCUUUGAAGGCUUCAACGAGGUCCUGCCUCAGCAGUACCUACAGUACUUUGACGCUAAAGAGCUAGAGGUGAUGCUGUGUGGUAUGCAGGAGAUUGACCUUGCAGACUGGCAAAGAAACACAAUCUACAGACACUACGCUCGCAGCAGUAAACAGAUCAUGUGGUUUUGGCAGUUCAUAAAGGAGAUGGACAAUGAGAAGAGAAUGAGGCUGCUGCAGUUUGUCACUGGGACCUGUCGCCUGCCUGUAGGAGGUUUUGCCGACCUCAUGGGGAGCAAUGGUCCUCAGAAAUUCUGCAUUGAGAAAGUGGGAAAAGAAAACUGGCUUCCUAGAAGUCACACGUGCUUCAACAGACUGGACUUGCCACCUUAUAAGAGCUACGAACAACUGAAGGAGAAGCUGAUGUUCGCAAUUGAGGAGACUGAAGGCUUUGGACAGGAGUGAGAGAAACCAGGAAAGUUAAAAAAAAAAAAACUGAGUGCAGGAGUCUGAAGGAAUGAAAUUCACCAUUGUUCAAAUCAGGGAGCCUCUUCAGAAUGGGACGGCGUUUUGGGAGUUUGCACCUAAACAUGCAUGCACCUGUGUGCUACUUCUGUGGGAGCCUCUGCCCGGCACACCGAGCUCACAGCGAGCCUCUCAACGCCUGACCCGUACGGGAACAUUUUGUAUCGUCGUAAACCAAACCACAGAAGCUGCUCCUGUCUCUCAGAAUGUUUGCCAAAUUAUGCAUGGUAACCCGAAAACCUGCCCUCCAUGACAUCUGCUCACCAGGACUACAGUAGUUUCUCCUUUCCUGCACGUGAUCGUUUGAUGGCACGAGUCAGAACAGUCCGCUCAGACUCUCCUCAGCAGGAUCUAGCAGUGACGGUGUUUAAUUUAACACAAGAUUGAGAGGCUGUGUUGUUUUUUGUUCGUUUGUUUAGAAAGUUAAAUUCCACCAAAAAGUCAGUUUUGUUGCUCAAAUAUUCUUUGUCGGAUUACAACGAACCUCACGCUUUGAUCUGCAUCUCUCUUUUUUUCCUGACUAAAAUGGACGAUAACACAUGACCGUAUAAAAUGAUCGCUUCGACUUGGUGAAUUUAUCAAUAAGUAGUCCUUCAGAUUAACGCCGAAAUAACAGACAAUCCUGGUGCUUCAUAGGGAUUUGGGAGACGUGGCCGUUUAGUGUUCCUGGUUCUGUCGUAUUUGAUCUGUGAAUCGAUUUAUGAUUGUGAAAAGUGUUGCAUCCUCCAUUUUUAGCGGUGGUGGAGCAGAACUUAAACUGACCCUAGUUUUAUAGGGCCAGAGUUUGCACACUGUGAUGUGGAACGGGACAUCAUGGAUUAGAGUGUUCUUGGAGAAACGUGUAUGUAAUUCAUUUUAGCAUCAGCUUUACGCACAUUUACAUCUUUUCCUCUUUUAAUUCAUGGGAUGACAAAAACACGAAUAAUAUUUAUUUCACAUGUCUGAACUUCAAAAACACAUGUAGAAAAACACCAAAACGAAAUCAAACCAAAUCAGUUUUUAAUCUUAACAGGCAUUUUGAGUAAAUGUUUGCCAAACUGUCAAAGAAACUGCAUGUAGCUCCUCAUACACAUGUAGCAUUGAAUUUGAGUGUUAGAACUCAUGACUUUUUCAAGCUUCACAGCAAACAACGAAGUGAAUUAGAAAAAAAAACAUGAUUUAUGUAACAUUUAACCAAUGCUGGUUCAAAAAGAUGCAGUAUUUAAAAGUUCCGUCUUCCCUUUUCCACUUAGCGGAGCGUUUUACCUCUGAAUAGUUUCACUUUGGAACAACACUUCCUGUUGUUGUCACUUGUUCUGCAGAUAGGUUCAAAGUGAAACACGGUGAGAUCUGAAUGUGUGGCUGGUAUAUUUUUGAAGAUGUGUUCAAAAUCAUGGCUUUAGAUCUCUUGUUAAUUAUGAUUUCGAGAACAGCUGAUUUAGCUAUAUUAUUGCAUUAAUAACGGAUGUGUGUGGGCACAAAGAAACCUCCAGCCUGGUAUCCUGUUUUGAUCAUGUAUCGAAAUGGUUUGAAGAACUCCAGACGCUUGUUUGGUUUAGUUCGGAGGGCGUCACACAUCUGGUUAAUGGUCACAGAGGUAGUAGAAGUUGAUUAAACUACUAAUUUAAGGGGUUUGUUGUUUUGGGGUACACCGUGGUGUGGUCACUGAGAAACGCUGGGUUCAGGUCGGUCUCGCCUGAUGAAGCACGGCACUUUUAUUUUCUCACAGCAUGCGAGACAUCCAGCCCCGGUUGUUUGCUGGUGCCUCUGGGCUCUUUGUUUCCACACGCAUGCUGAAGUGAUCGUUGGUGUCUGUCAUUAGCCUUCAGGUAGCCUUAUUUCCACCUGUAGACAUCAGGUAUUCUUUUUAACUACUUUCUGUGUGAUCAAGCACGGGUUGCUUUUAUCAUGAAUUAUUAAUCUAGCUUUGGUCAGACGCUCUUAACCCCACUGUGGAGAAGUGACCAGGCCAAGAAGAGUCUUUUCUUUUUUCUUCUUCCAAGGACCUGCCCAGUGUGGAAGCCUGUUUCCAUAGCAACUACUGAGACAAAGUUAAAAUAAUGAAUGUAUGCUGGUGAUUGGUAAAGUUGCCUAUUUACAGUUUUGCCUAAGAUUGUUACCCCGAUGCAGGAUGCUGUUUUAAUCUUGUUUGGGUCGUUCACACAUUAAGAUCUUGGGGAUAUAUUAGUUAAGCAAUUAUGUAAAUAUCAUAAUUCACCGCUCUUUUUUUGUGUGUUUUUUUUAAUCUUGUUUGAAGGAUCCUCCACGUCAAACUAAACCACUGUCACUCUCCUGUAUAUGAAAAGAAUCUGUAAAUGGUGUCAAUAACAAAUUUUCUUUUGUAAAAGAAAGGUUUUAAUAAGAGGUUUAUGGUAACACUCUAUUUUCUUUUCCUGUUUAAUUUCUGAUGUAAAUUAAAGAUGUGUAAUAUAGGAAUUGUCACCUUAAUAAAUUAAAUCCAAAAAUG